CGCAAACAAGCGUGCGUUCUCGACUUAUGCAUCAUCAUCAUCAAUGGCUUUCGCAGUCAGUCUAGUACUGCAAGAAGGCACGCUCAACUAAUUUCAAUCAAUUAUUUGGCACAUUCACUACAAUACCGACUAUCAAUGUUAGGUAGUCGUCGGCAAAACCAUAAGUAGGAAAAACUCUAUUAUUGAGUUGCCUCAAUAGCGUAUCUGCUACGAGAUUCCACAGAAGUGGUGAUAAUACUCCACCUUGGGGGCAUCCACAAACACUCAGUUUCCUAAUCGCCGCUUGACGCAAUGUCGAGAAGAAAUGUCGGUUUUUGAGCAUUUGGUGAAUCCAAUUGGAAAUCAUAGGUGAUAUGCCAUGACUCCGUGCGGCUUCCAAUAUGGCACAGAAAGGCACGUUGUCAAAGGCACCUUCGAUAUCUAAUGCCGUUUUUCUUUAUUAUCCAAUUCCAACCUGGGUUGGAACUGGAUCAGAUCACAGUUUCAACCCCAACCCGACUUCGGUUUCGCUUGUACUAAAGUUUAUUUGACGUUGUUUGUAUACACAUUUUCCGCCAAUCCAGUUCCAACCCAGGUUAAAAAAGAAAAACGGCAUAAGAAAACACCCAAGCAGGAUUGCUUUUGAGCGAAUGCCUUCUCGAUAUCGUAAACAACUUUGUGUAAAAGAGUCACAGUGGACUUUCUAGAUUGGUAAGCAUGUUGGUUCACAUGAAGAGGCACAUUUGCCAGAUGAACAUCACGGAUGUGAUGAUCGACAAUGCGUUCUAAGCAUUUCAGAAGAAAAGAUGUCAAACUGAUAGGUCUGAAGCUAUUUGCUUCUUCAUACGACGCGCGACCCACUUUCGGAAUAAACUUUACAGUAAUAUCCCGCCAGGAUUUGGGAAUAUACCCUGUAGCAAAACUGCAAACAAGUAGUUGUUUCAAAACAUGUUUGAAAUGAUCAAAUCCCUUCUGAAGCAAAAUAGGAUAAAUCCCAUCUGCCCCAGGAGAUUUGAAAGGAGCAAAGCUAUUAAGUGCCCAUUCGAUCGAUUAUAAAGUUAUGAUACUCCGAGCCGAAGCUAAAGAAUCAUAACUACAAGAAAAGACAUCAGGUUCAUCCGAAGAUGUAAUAUCCACACAUCCGGGGAAGUGUGUACUGAAUAAACAUUCCAAAACUUCGUCAUCAGAGGAAGUGAAAUCACCAUUUGGCAAACGAAGUUCGUUCACUUGAAAAUCCUUAGAUUUUGCAAGGAUUUUGUUCAAUCGACUGGCUUCACUCAGACUGGAAACAUUUGACAAAGGUUUUUCCAGCCGGAUCGUUCAGCAGACCGAAGAGCUUUCUGGUAGGCUUGCGAGCCGACCUGAAAGCCUCCGAUCCAGCCGAAUGUCGUCUGUUCCAACUCUUUCUACAUUGUUUCCUGAGCUUCGCCAGACCAGAAUUCUACCAAGGGGUUCCUCUUGUGAUUUCUAGAACAAAUUUCCGAAAUUUACCCAUUUUUGGGUACUUUUUACCCAAAAUUUGUAUGGGAAAAUGACCACCGAUAAAACGUUUCGCUGUUAGCAUCAAAUGAAAACACCCUUAGCUUUUAUUUGGUGGGUGGCAUACUUACUUACCGAUCAGGCUAAGGCCGGGGUAGCCUCUGCUGUUAGCCGUCUCCAUUCCACUCGGUCCAUGGCUGUUUGUCUCCUGUUCCGCACAAUGCGUAGCGUCCGCAGAUCGUCCUCCACUUGGCCGACCCACCUAGCUCGCUGCGCACCACGUCUUCUUCUACCGGAUGACUCUCGAGAACCAUUUUAGUCGGGUUGCUAUCCGACAUCCUGAUGACGUGACCCGCCCACCGUAGCCUCCCGAUUUUCGCGGUAUGGACGAUGGUUGGUUCUCUCAGCAGCUGAUGCAGCUCGUGAUUCAUUCGCCUUCUCCAAGUCCCGUCUUCCAUCUGCACUCCGCCGUAGAUGGUACGCAACACCUUCCGUUCGAAAACUCCAAGGGCGCGUUGGUCCUCUGCACGUAGGGUCCAUGUUUCGUGUCCAUAGAGAACGACCGGUCUAAUCAGCGUUUUGUAGAUAGUCAACUUCGUGUUACGGCGAACUUUAUUCGAUCGUAGAGUUCUGCGUAGAGUAAGCACGAUUUCCUACCACAAUGCGCCUCUGAAUUUCUCUGCUGGUGUCGUUGUCGGUGGUCACUGUAGUAAAAGAGACGGGUGAAAGUAACAAAAUAAAAAUAUAUGUUGGUGUUGUAUUUAGUACGCUGCGGAAUUCAUAUUUCGAUAACUAUUUGGGUAACAAUUUCGAUAACUAUUUGGGUAUUGAAUAAACCAGAGCAGAUCUGGCAACAGGGAAUCAUGAAACGCAGCUUGUUGCGUUCAGAAGAUGAAGAGAGAGAGAGAGAAACGCAACGUCGAAGACGGAGUCGAGCAGGAAAUGCGUUGACGUGAAUUCGUCCUUGAGAUCAUUCUGUGUACCAUUUUCGUGGAUGAAAGACGUGUUCGUCGGCUGCUCCCAAGUUUGGAUCCGACAUGGCGGAGCCGGUAGAACACACGGUGCAAAGAAAACAACAAAAGAGCUACACGAUGAAGGAUUUGACACGCGAACCAAGAGAAGAAACUGCCUCUCGCGGAGUACGUGAGGCAAGAAAAACAACAGCAAAUAAGCAGAAAGGGUCAGACAAGGAGAAAAAUCCGACUCUAUCACAAGUAACGAAUACACAGCAACUGGAUUUGACAUGCGAGACGACAGCGGAAAUCAGCACCCAUGAAGAGGGCGAAGCAACAGAAUCAGCGUCGACAGGCAGGAAGAAAAAGACAAACAGGGCCAAAAACUUGUCCCGUGAGUUGGCAUCGGAAAAGGCACGAAAUACUCAACGUUUGGAUGAGCUCAAACGAAGCAAGCAACUGAACGAGGAGCUGAUGGCAAUCCAAAUGGGGAGAGACGGCAAUGGGUCAGAAUUCGAAAGAGAAUCCCGGUUUUGCAGUACCCGUAGAGCGCCAGCAUCAUCGAACAUUGAAGAGUCUCGUUUCUAUACAUCCAUCAACCAGUUAUCCAUUGCAUCCGUAAACAUUCCAGAGUGCAAACCGGCUGAGGAUGGCGAAAUUCAUCGCCAAUCCUUUGAAUCUUGGAAAGACCUUCUGUUGGAUUCGAUGAUGUUAGCUGGCGUAGACGACGAAGCAACUAAGUUUACGAUUUUCAAAGUGAAGGCUGGAGCAAAACUACUUGAAGUAUUCAGGAACACUAAGUCGUCAAUGGAUGACCCGAAUGCCGACUGUUUUCCGUUCGCUAAUGCAAUGUCCAGGCUCAAAUCAUACUUCGGAUCGGGAUCCGAUGUUAUGCUCUUGAGAAGAAGACUAGCGCUGCUGACUCAGAAACCGGAGGAAUCGGACCUAUCGUACAUAACCCGUGUAGGCUCAAUGGCUCGAUUGUGUGAGUUCGACGAUUCUAAAGAGUUUGAGCAGAUUGUUGCAACCGUCUCCGAACAUGCAACCAACCGAGAAGUUCGGACGGCGUCGUUGAAAAUGUUGAGUCGCAACCAGUGCUUCACAGACCUGGUAGACAAAGUGCGUGAAAUCGAAGCCAUAAAGCUAAACGAAGAAUUCGUCCGUAAGAAGUAUGAAAAUCCAGAGCAGGCAGUAGUGGCAUCAGUAAGCGCAUCCUAUCCAAAGCGCCCUUAUCGUCAGUCCGAGUAUAAGCCUUCAAGCGCCUCCCAGGACUAUGGCAUUAAGUACUUCAGAGGUGGCUCCCGGGCUCCGAGAGGCGGACAUAGUUAUGCUGGCGGUGGUCCUUCAUAUCGAUCAACACGGGGAGAGAAAUGUUGGCGUUGCCACAGUCCGUAUCAUGGAGGUAACGAUUGCAAUCACAAGGACAAAAAGUGCAAUAUUUGCGGAAUUCUGGGCCAUAUCCAACGGGCUUGUCGGUUCGUCGGUGAGUCCUCUACAGUCGUUUAA